UGCCAACGAAAUCCCCUUGGCGAAGCAGAACGCGUCUUAUAUUGAACACAGGAUCGGAAGUGCUUCUGACGCGACCUCGCGAUGGAUCCCGCCGCCGAUCACGCCGACGCGAAGAAACCCGACGCCGAUCGUUCCGUCGACUAUGCCCCCUACCCCACGCUCACCGCCGAGGACGUCGCGCCCCCUCCGCCGCCCUCGGCUGCCGUCGGGCCCCGCGAUAUCACCUCCUUGCCGCCGGAGCACAACCCUUACGUCACUUCCUCUCCCGCUCCCAAGAAUACGAUGGAUACGGUGCGGGAUGUGCUCGGGAAGUUUGGGAAGAAGGUCAGUGAAGCAGCGAAGAAGACCGAGGAUCUUGCCGGGGAUGUUUGGCAGCACUUGAAGACAGGGCCUAGUGUUGCAGAUGCAGCCAUUGGUAGGAUAUCUCAGACAUCCAAAGUCAUAGCUGAAGGAGGUUAUGAAAAGAUAUUUCAACAAACUUUCGAGAUUCUUCCUGAAGAGAAACUUCAGAAGUCAUAUGCUUGCUAUUUGUCAACAUCUGCUGGUCCUGUUAUGGGCAUCUUGUAUCUCUCGACUGCAAAACUUGCAUUUUGUAGUGAUAAUCCUCUCUCAUAUAAAGUUGGAGAUAAAACUGAAUGGAGCUAUUAUAAGGUGGCAAUUCCUCUUCAUCAGUUAAGAUCAGUUAAUCCCGCAACAAGCAGAGCAAAUACAGGAGAAAAAUAUAUACAGGUCGUGUCCGUUGACAACCAUGAGUUCUGGUUCAUGGGGUUUGUUAACUAUGAUAGUGCCGUGAGAAUUCUACAGGAAGCUGUGCAAGAUGCACAUUAACCCUGCAGAUGUUUCUAUAAUUGGACCGGGGACUUUAUCAAUGUCUUUGUGUUCUUGUAUAGUUUGUAUGGAGUGAAACUUAUGUUGGUUGCUCAGAUGUUCUCUUUGAUUGAUGUUCUUAUAGAUAUUCAUUGUGGCAUAUGUGGGAUGUAGAUAAUACAUGUGUGCUUGUUAUAAAAUCAAGAUAUGUACAUUGUUGAAGUUGUUCCAA